AUGCUCUAUGCAAGUCUCCGUUCGCUCAUAAUUUCUCUGGUAAGAUCUUUCGGAGAUUCAGAAGUCCAGAAGGUUCACACCGGCAAUUCGUAUCUUCGUCUAGGACGAUGUAAUCUCAAAUACUUUUUGUUUACCUUUACUUCAUCAACUGCGCAGCGAUGGCUGCAGUCUGGUCUAUCACUGCCCAGUAACAGCCCAUUUAAGUGCUCUAAGGGAUCCCCUGCUUUAUCCUCGGCAACACUUGUAGACAGGGCAGGGAGGCAGUGGAGUGGAAACCUGAUGACCUUGAAGGGGGCCUUAAUCCGUAUGACUGAGUACUGGCCUAACCUGCCUGAUACAAAGGGUGUGAGCUGUCCUGUACAGUUUACCAAUGCUGAGCUAGAGGAAUUCUUCGAGAAGGAGGAACAGUUGUUUCAAUUGAAUGCGGUUGUAAAUUUGUGGAGGGAGCAGAUUGGUGGUGCUAGUGAGGAUGGCUGGAUCAGCAAUGGAAAUUAUGAGUCUGCCCGGCAGAAAGUCGUGGAACUCAUGGAGUCCCUGAUAGCAAUUGCUGAGGGAGACCAAGAAGAUAUUGCGCUGUUGGAGAAGGGUUGGCCAUUUAGAGAUCAGGAGGGAGAUAAUUAA